AUGUCUUUUCCGAAUGCAUAUAUUAGUAACAAAGAACUCAUGGUAUUAGACAAAAUACGUUCUUCAUUGGCACAGUGGAUUCCGAUGCAUAUUUGCCAAUUCAUCAUGGCUGCACGUAUUCCGGUUUUUCCCGAUUAUGACCAUGUCACUCUCAUUAGAGAAAUACUAUUAAUAGUUGAAGCUCCGCAUAGAAUUCAUCCUUAUCCCGAUCAUCUGCGCAUAAAGUUGAAGCAUGCACACUGA